AUGAGAAUUUCUAAAAUCUUACCAGUGACUGGUGUAUUGUCGCUUUCUUUAGGAUUUUGGAUCCCAACAAUUCCUAAGAGAGAUUAUUCGUCAAACCCUGAGUCCAUUCAAAUUAAACAUAAGGAUGUACAUUCUGCUGAAUCUACUUUAAUUGAAGCUGGACCUACCACUUCUGGAACCGUUGCCAACAUUGAAACUGUCCAAUUGAGUUCAGUUUCACCUGGUUUGGCUAAUUCACCAAACAUUGGAUCUGCUGCUGCUCAUUCACCAAACGUUGGAACUGCUGUCGUUGUUUCGUCAGACGAUACGAAUUACGACAUGGCUGUAUCAUCAAGUGGCUUAUUUUCUGCAACUUCUUAUCCUGCAGGUAUCGACACUUCCUCUGUAUUAACUGUUUCCGCUAUCCCAGCAUCCCCUCCUGUUUCUGGAGUCAGUGCUGUUACUUCAGUUAUCCAACCUCCUCCAUCUGUUGAAAACAAUGAUCAACAAUCUUCCAUUGCGCUUGGUUCUUCUGUUAACUUACAAACUGUUGGCUCUAGCGUCGUAAAUGAUGCUUCCAUGUCUGUUGAUUCCAGUUCAAGUAUUGAAAUUGUCCAUCCAUCAUUGGUUACUACCACUUUCUCUACUGCAGCUCAAGCUCCAACAAACUUGUACCCAGGAGUUCCGGAAGAAUAUCUUGAUACUUCGUAUGUUACUCAUACAGCUCAUACAACUGCAAUUGUUACUGUCACCUCAUGUGGAGCUGAUUCCUGUUAUCAUAGCACUAUUGUUACUGGUGUUACCGUUAUCACUGUUACUGAACAUGACGUAGUUACUGAAUACACUACUUAUUGUCCUUUGACUUCUACCCAAACCAUUGUUACUCCUACUGCUUCCUCCAUUCCAUCUACUGUUUCUGUAUCAUCUAGUAUUGAAACAAGUAGUACUGAAGUCGAAGCUACUGCUGGUUCAUCUUCCUCAAUUGAUAUUUCUACAGCCAGUUUAACUUCGUCCCAGAGUGUAACUGUCAGUACUUUGUCAUCUGGAGGUUUUACAAGUACCUUUACUGUCCCAGGCUCCGAAUCCGAAUCUACUUUGUUGACCUCCGGCUUUGAAACAAGCCCAACCACUCCUUCUCAAAGUGAAAUUGUUACAACUUUGUCAUCGGGAGGCUUUACAAGUACUUUCACUGUUUCAGGCACUAAAAGUACUGAACCUGACAGUAUUGCACUGGAUGUUCCAUCUUCUGGUUCUGAUAAUGAGUCUUUCUCUAGUGUCGAAUCAAACAUUAACACCAACUCAAAUGUUGAAUCUAAUGAAUCAUCAAUUUCUUCCGACACAGAAAGUCCUACUUCUAAUGGCUCUGCAAUCACCUCCUCAACUGCUGAUUUUUCUACCAUCUACACUACACACACAGCUGACACGACAACCGUUAUCACUACUACUGACUGUGAUCAUCAUGUUUGUACUGAUACUACCAUAACCACUGGAAUAACAAUUAUUACUGUUACCACUUCACAAACUAUAACAGUAAUUACCACCUACUGCCCAUUGACAUCUGUUGAAACUAUUUCCUCGACAUCAUCUACUUCUGAAUCUGCUCCAUCUGAAUCUACUGGUGCUCCAUCUGGUGCUGAAUCUGCUCCAUCUGGUUCCGAAACUGCUCCAGUUCCAUCUGGUUCUGAAUCUGCUCCAUCUGGUGCUGAAUCUACUGGUGUUCCAUCUGAAUCCACUGGUGCUCCAUCCGGUUCUGAAUCUGCUCCAGUUCCAUCUGGUUCUGAAUCUGCUCCAUCCGGUUCUGAAUCUACUGGUGUUCCAUCUGAAUCCACUGGUGCUCCAUCCGGUUCUGAAUCUGCUCCAGUUCCAUCUGGUUCUGAAUCUGCUCCAUCCGGUUCUGAAUCUACUGGUGUUCCAUCUGAAUCCACUGGUGCUCCAUCCGGUUCUGAAUCUGCUCCAGUUCCAUCUGGUUCUGAAUCUGCUCCAUCUGGUUCCGAAACUUCACCAGUUCCAUCUGGUUCUGAAUCUGCUCCAUCUGGUGCUGAAUCUACUGGUGUUCCAUCUGAAUCUACUGGUGUUCCAUCUGAAUCCACUGGUGCUCCAUCCGGUUCUGAAUCUGCUCCAGUUCCAUCUGGUUCCGAAACUGCUCCAUCUGGUGCUGAAUCUACUGGUGUUCCAUCUGAAUCCACUGGUGCUCCAUCCGGUUCUGAAUCUGCUCCAGUUCCAUCUGGUUCUGAAUCUGCUCCAUCUGGUUCCGAAACUGCACCAGUUCCAUCUGGUUCUGAAUCUGCUCCAUCUGGUGCUGAAUCUACUGGUGUUGCAUCAGAAUCUAUCGAUGUUCCAUCUGAUUCUGAAUCUGCUCCAUCUGGUUCCGAAACUUCACCAGUUCCAUCUGGUUCUGAAUCUGCUCCAUCUGGUGCUGAAUCUACUGGUGUUCCAUCUGAAUCCACUGGUGCUCCAUCCGGUUCUGAAUCUGCUCCAGUUCCAUCUGAAUCCACUGGUGCUCCAUCUGGUUCCGAAACUUCACCAGUUCCAUCUGGUUCUGAAUCUGCUCCAUCUGGUGCUGAAUCUACUGGUGUUCCAUCUGAAUCCACUGGUGCUCCAUCCGGUUCUGAAUCUGCUCCAGUUCCAUCUGGUUCUGAAUCUGCUCCAUCUGGUUCCGAAACUUCACCAGUUCCAUCUGGUUCUGAAUCUGCUCCAUCUGGUGCUGAAUCUACUGGUGUUCCAUCUGAAUCUACCGGUGUCCCAUCUGGUUCUGAAUCUGCUCCAUCUGGUGCUGAAUCUACUGGUGUUCCAUCUGAAUCCACUGGUGCUCCAUCCGGUUCUGAAUCUGCUCCAGUUCCAUCUGGUUCUGAAUCUGCUCCAUCCGGUUCUGAAUCUACUGGUGUUCCAUCUGGUGCUGAAUCUACUGGUGCUCCAUCCGGUUCUGAAUCUGCUCCAGUUCCAUCUGGUUCUGAAUCUGCUCCAUCCGGUUCUGAAUCUACUGGUGUUCCAUCUGGUGCUGAAUCUACUGGUGCUCCAUCCGGUUCUGAAUCUGCUCCAGUUCCAUCUGGUUCUGAAUCUACUACUCCAACUGGUGGAUUGUCUACUUCCUACAGUACUACUACUGAUUUCACUACCACUGUUAUUACUACUACUGACUGUGGUCAUCAUGGCUGUUCUGAAACUACCAUCACCACUGGUCUUACUGUGAUUACUGUUACUACCUCAGAAACCGUGACCAGCUAUACCACCUACUGUCCAAUUCCAUCAACUGAAACAAGUGUAGAAUCUACCGGUGCUCCAUCU